AUGACACAACAAAUUUCUUUCUGGACAUUUGGUGAAGUUAACUUUAAAUUGGAGCUUGCAUGUGUAAAGCGAUCUCCUGCGGCUAGAGCAGACCUCGAGCGGAAAACACCGACGUGGGCUCCGGCGAAGGGGGGAAAUGAACAAGGGGGAACGCGAAUUUUUGGCCCAUCGCAAAAAUACUCCUCCAGGGAUCUCGCUGCUCAUACAGCGCUGAAACCGAGAAAAGAAGGACAGGAUACCCAGGAUGAGGUGCAGAGGAGGAACCUGCGACAAGAGUUGGAGGAACGAGAAAGGAGGCAUUUUUCCUCCAAAGACAAAUCUUAUAAUGAGGAUAGGGAUAGGAGGAAAGGAUCAGGGACAGGGCAGCUUCUUCUUGAAGGAGGAAAAAGAGAUGUGGAGGACCGUAUUGUUCCCCGGAGUAUAGAUGCUGAUGAUUCUGACGUUGAAGUUAAAAGUGACGAUGAGAGUGAUGAUGAUGAUGAUGAGGAUGACACGGAAGCUUUAAUGGCAGAGCUUGAGCUGAUUAAAAAGGAGCGAGCUGAGGAGAAUCUUCGCAAGGAGAGACAGAAGCAGGAAGAGGAUUUGAAGGCCAAGGAAGCCGAGCUUAUGCGAGGCAACCCGCUGAUCAAUCUCAACAAUUCAUCUUCAUUCAAUGUCAAAAGAAGGUGGGACGAUGAUGUUGUCUUCAAAAACCAGGCUCGUGGAGAAACCAAGGCGCCAAAGCGUUUCAUCAACGACACCAUCAGAAAUGACUUCCACCGCAAAUUUCUUCAGAGGUACAUGAAAUGAUCUCUCUGCGUAACUGUGGAAGGAAGCCUGCAGGGUCCUGAAGUUUUCUUGGAUCUUUUGGUUGGUUUGUACUACAUAUUACUCUACAUUAAUCACUAUGAAGCUAUAGUUUUAUCCUAUAAAUCAAGGAUUUCAUCAUUUCUUCAAAUUUGAACUCAUUGAUAAAAUACUGUUAUGGCUUGCAGAUAAAUUUAUGAAGUAAUAGUUUGUUCUAGUCUUUGUUAGCUGGUUAUUUAUAGAAUGUAUAUGUGAUAUUGUGUAGUUAAAUUUCAAAAAUAUAGUGAUGUGUGAUGUUAUGGAUGUUAAA